UCUGACCUGGAAACUUGUUGCGACAACCACCACUGGCUGAAGCAGCUAGCCGCUAGCCAGUCCAAUUAGUAGCUGAAGCAGAGAAAGUGGUGUUAUGUCCACUCUCCAAUGACUCGGACACUUGCCGUACAAAAAUGCGCCUGGUUAUUGACUGAUAUUCGGUUGCCCAGAUUUGCUAAUUUGUGUCUCCAGCGCAACGGGGAGCUAACCCUGAUCUGAAAAGCGCAGUAACUUCUCGAUCAUGGAUCCUGAACGACCGAAGCGAAGAGAAGAGAUCCAGAGGGCAAUGAGCUUUAUCCAGUCAUCUUUGCCAUUUCCUGAACCAGAGAGUUAUGAGGCCUUUCUGACCCAGUUGGUGUGCAACUUGCUCGAUGAGGGAAAUUGUUUUUUUCGAGACGGCGACUGGCGUCAGGCAGCUCAGCAGUACGCGGAGGGGGUCAAUGUUGCCCGGUAUGCACAGGCUGAAGCUGUUAUUAUCCCGCAUGAGCUGCUGGAGAGCCUCUACGUUAAUAGGGCUGCAGCCUUCUACCAGAUGAGGGAGUACGAGCGUGGCAUUCAGGACUGUGAGAGUGCACUGUGUGUAUCUGAGGGCAGUCGCAGGGCUUUGUAUCGAAAGGCGCUCUGUCUUAAGGAGUUGGGACGACUCAGGGAGGCUUACGAGAGUGGAACCAAAUGUCUCCUUACAGCACCACAUGAUGUGCUGGUUAUCGACCUGGCCCAGGAUCUGGCCAACAAGCUGGGUUUGAAGGGCCGUAAAGCCUACAUCAGCCCACAGACCGAGUCGACGUCCACAGAAGGGGAAACCCAUGAGGAAACCUCCCCACCCACAGGAGAACUGUCCUCCAAUGGCCUUGAGUCCCUGGGUGAAAUUGCAUCAGCAGACCUGUCAAAUGCACAGUGCAUCCCUGCCCCUUUGGCCACGCCCAUUCCAGUCAGCGAUGACCCAGCAACCACAGUGGUGACCUCGUGUACUGAGCUCUCAGAGAGCCCCAGCAGCCAGACUCUGCCUCCCAUGCCGUACUCUGUCCCGGUUUCGGAGCACAUGGACGAAUGCAGCAGCAGUGUUAUUAAGGAUGGGCUGGACAGCAUUUUGGACUGUAUGCCUAAAAAAGUUAGUGAGAGUCCGGUUCAAGGUGCUAUCCCCACCAACCUUCCUAACACGGCCGUUGGCCUUCGGCCUCCUUACUCACCGAGCCUUCCACCUCCGUCACCCCAGCUUCCCCCAGCCUUCUUCAGCUCCUCUAUCAGUGAUAUGGCCCCUCUGGGGCCUUACACACCGUUGCGGGACCAAGGCUCCACCCAAGCGCAGGACGCACUGGGAAGCUUUUCUACAGGGGCCACAGAUGGAGAAGGCAAAGGAGUCGCUGCUGGUGGGCUCGACUCGUUGUCUGAGUACACUCUUCCUGGGGGACGAGUGUGUCACAGCUUCAUCCCUGGGAUGCGCAACCACAGUGCUGGGCACACAAAUGGACCAGGAGGAACCAACCUCUCUCUUCUCUCCAGGAAUCCUCUUGCAGCCACUCAUGAGUUUCGCCAGGCUUGUCAUGCCUGUUACAGCCGAAUAGGUCCUCGAGUGAUGGACUACAAGUAUCAGCCAGAGGCAGCACACCGCUGCAAGAGAGAUGUGCUGUUAUGCCGUCUGAGAAACACAGAUGAUCCCACCUGGAAAAGGAUUCGACCCAGACCCGCACGGAAUAACUUCCUGGGGGCAUUUGUACUUUGUAAAGAGGUACAGGAGCGUCAGGAGUGCCAGUAUGGGGAGAACUGUACAUUUGCUUACUGCCAGGAAGAGAUUGACGUGUGGACACAGGAGAGGAAGGGCGCGCUCAGCCGAGAGCUUCUGUUUGACCCGCUGGGCAGCACAGAGAGGCGGGCGCUCAGCGUCACCAGAUUGCUACAACUCCACAUGGGCAUGUUCAUGUUCCUCUGUGAGGAAUGUUUCGACAGUAAGCCUCGGAUCAUCAGUAAACGCAGCAAAGAGAAUUUAGCUGUCUGCUCAAACCUGACAGCACGGCACCCAUUCGACGAUAACAAGUGCCUGGUCCACGUGGUGAGGUCGGCCAACGUGCGUUACAGUAAGGUACGACCCCUGCACCCCCUCUGCCAGUUUGACAUCUGUCGGCAUGAGGUUCGCUACGGCUGCCAGCGUGAGGAUAGCUGCUCCUUUGCUCACUCUGUUAUCGAGCUGAAAUGCUGGGUUUUGCAGCAGGAUACUGGUAUUACCCAUGAAGAGAUGGUGCAGGAGUCCAAAAGACACUGGCAAAGGCUGGAGCAGAAUUCACAGAAACAACACAAGCCUAUCCACAUACCCCAUCCAAGCAGCAGCAUACCAACUGGGGGGAUGGGGGGACUUGGGGGUGGGGUUGGUGGAGAAGGUGUGGGUGGAGUGAGUCCCAUAGGAGGUUUUGGGGUAGGGGGACUGGUUGGAGGGGCAGGAAGGGGCCGCCCCCUCAACCUAAAAAUGAAGUUUGUCUGUGGUCAGUGCUGGCGAGAAGGACAGGUCAACGAGCCCGAUAAGAACCUCAAGUACUGCACCGCCAAAGCGCGGCACAGCUGGACAAAAGAGCGCAGAGUCUUGCUUGUAAAAUCAUUUGAGAAGAAGAAGUGGGUUGUUGUCCGACCUCUCCCCUUUUCACGCUCGUACCCACAGCAAUAUGAUAUGUGUGUGCAUGUGAUGAAGCAGAAGAAGUGCCACUACAUUGGGAACUGCUCCUUCGCACACAGUCCGGAGGAGAGGGACGUGUGGACGUACAUGAAGAACAACAACUUGAGAGACAUGCAACAGAUGUAUGAACUGUGGCUGCAGCUCACCAAUCAGAAUAGACGGACAGAAAACUCAGCUGUAACCCCGCCCCCUGACGACAAGCAGGUCACCAUAACGGCAGAUUACACAGAAAACCUAGGCAGCCAGCAUCUGUCAGAUGGCGACGACCUCUGAUUGUUGCUCACUGUAAACGCAUCUGAUCAUCCCUCAGCUCCAGACAGAGAUGGAGGCGAGCCUACCACAACCAGGUGCAGCUGAACUGCCCGGCAUCCUGCCAGUCUGACCACCUGGGAACACAAGAUGUUCGAACCUCAUGAUCACAUAUUCAUGCACUCAAACACUUACAUACAACACCCACAUCCAAAGGCACCAGUUAUCACGAAGAGAAGGCUAUUGAAGCGAGAUUUUGUGUCCUGCUGCAGGAAUUCCACAGAUUAGUUUUGCUCUAACACAAUCUAUGUCCCUAAUAUUUUGUGUUCGUGUCCCACUGGCACCUCUUUUCUUCUUAGCACUAAAACAUUUCACAGGAGGGCGCGCAGGUCGCAGUCCAUAUAUUUGCUUUGCAACAGUUAAACAUGUUGCACUGUUCUUUUUAAUGCUGAAACAUUACGAGAGCCGAAAAUUGCCAAGCUCACAGUGCUUUCUAAGGCUAUUAAAACUGAAGAAACUGUAAAGAACUGGCAAAAGAGGUUUCACGUGGACACGCCUCACAAAACUAAACAACCAAAUCUUACUCUUUCCUUUACAGGAAUCUAAAAGGAGGGAUCAAACUGAAUUGAGAUUGAUUUUGAGCAUUCUUUUGUUUCCCAACGGGAGUUACACUUCUUUAUUAUAUCUGCCAUAUUGGUGGAAAUCUUUGAAUGUAAUGCCUGCAAGGGCCUUCAAAACAAGGAAGCGAGUUGUUUAAAAUAUUAAUGUUGUAGAAUGUACUGUAUGUAGGUAUACUCACAUGCCCAAAAAUCUGUGCGACAUUUCAGUUUCAUACCAGCUGCUCCUACAGUUGGAUCAUCACACACACACAAAAUCAGGUUCCCUUCAGGUGGAUGAAAGAGGGAUUAAAAUUACUUUUUGGCAACAAAAGGUAUUAAAGACGUUUCGCUAAACUGCAUGUAUCAGUUACUUGACCUCCCUACACCAACGUGAAGAUUAUUGAGGUUGAUGUUGGAAGAACACAGAAAACUUGAUCCACUUUUAAAAUGGUUGAAACACAUUAACGUGAAGGAGUACACAUUAAAUAACCUAUCGCUGUGCUGCUGAGUUCCAAAUCCAAAGUAAAGGCAAUUAAAAUGCUAAAAAGGAAAGAUUUAUAAAGGUGAUUACAUUCAUGUUUCUAGGUGACAGUUUGAGUAUUUCAUUAUGGUUCAAGUUAACAAGCGUUCAGCUGGAAGUUUAUUUUUCCUAGUCUGACCCAAAUAGUUUGCCCCCGUUAGGUCAGAGAGAGCGUUGAGCUAAGUCUUUUAAUCACCUGCUGGCCUAAUACAUGGAAAGGAUUCACGCCGCAUAUCGUGCCUAAAAACAACCCACUAACAUGUGACACAAACACCCAUGCAGAAAUGCACAAAAACAUACAAAAACACACUAAAACAGGCAGGAAUCUUGUUGCCAUCUUACUCUAUCCUUUAAUGUAGACAGAGACAUAUUGAGAGUAUGUUUUUAUACAGCUACACACAUAUUAUACAUGCAUAUAUUAUACAUACUACUAAUAAUAAAUGAUAGCUUAGCAGUUAAGCUUAAUAAAUACAUAUAACCUGAAAACGUGUAUUGAUUACAUAGGUAAACUUCUUGUUAUUGAGGUUUUGCUAUAUAACGUAUCGCUGAACUAGAUGACUAUAGUAUUUUAUUCUUUUAUUUUGAGAUUUUUUUCUCCUUAAGUGUGGGUUGUUCCAGACAGGGUUGUUGGACUGGAUUUAACUGGUUAAUGAUUUCAUAUUCAAUGCGUAGAUCAGAAAGUAGAUCAAAGUUGAAUGUGCUGACAACAAAAUCACACAAAAAACAUCAAUGAAAAUCAAAUUUAUUAACCAAUGGAGGCCUGGAUCUGGAGUCACACACAAAAUUAAAGUGGAAACACACACUACAGG